AUGUCUGUCUCUGUUUCGUCUCGGAUCCAGUUGUCCAUUUUACAACCAACCCAUGGGGGCUUAACGUAUUCUUCAAAGUCGUCAAUUCCUCCUCGUGCCUCUGCACAGGACGGCACUGGAGCCUCUCCAUCUCGUCAUUCAACGAGGUCAUUGUCCGUAUCGAGUGCUUCAACUGUCGGCGACGACGGCGGAUCGUCACCGGUGCUCCCACCGCUUCCAGCUCCUAAGCUACCGGACCGAGCAUCCGAGUAUCUUCGGACACCGCCAUCUAAUCGUAACACUGAAGGUGAUAGACAAUACGUCACAGCUAGCUGGGGUUCGCCAUACCCUCACGCCGAUAGUGGACACCUUCACCGGUUAAGCUUCAGCAGUGAGACAUCGGAAGAAUCCCCGUUGCAUCAGCUCGAACUCAGCACUCCAUUUCUGCGUCCUGCCCCGUUAAUCGCAACAACCGAACCAGAGCAUACACCAUCUUCUCUGUCUGGUACCGCCGCCGUACUUGCGAAUCGUGCUCGAAGACCAUUGCGUGGCAUCACAGAGGAUUGGAUCCGUCAACAUACUGCUGGCGACGAAACUUCUGAACACCAUCUUUGGCUCAGUGACGGUACUGACGAUACAGAGCACUCUUCAUUGAGAAGCUCUAUUUCUGGUGACGAAGCAGGUUGGUUUGAAGAGGGCGACCCGAGGACCCCACGGGCUACCAACCUUCAUCCAUCUCGAGCCUCGAGUAAGGCGUCUCGGCAUCCAAGAAAACGAUCAAGCAACGAAACUUUGAAACAAGCAGUUCUAAACCGACGCGUCGCUAGUAGAGUCGCAAGUAUGGAGACGCUUGGCGUGGAAAACCACAGCCAAGAUGCUGCUAGCAUCCAUACUAUUGAGUCGGUUUCGGAGGCGAGGGCCGAUACGCCCAGGAGUGAACAACCGAGUCUGAAUGGAUCCAUCCCGACUGCGCCUACCGAACCUCCUUCCACUCCGGUGAAGCCGAUUAAAGCAGUCAUUGGACGGACACCUCGACCUAAGAAGAAAAUGCCAUGGAAAGGAAAGAGUGUUUUAGUUUGUCUCCCAUGGGACGAAGAAAGAGGCAAACCUGGCAAGGCGCCAAUGCCAUUGAGUGCGGACGAAGUAACAGCAAUGUUCCGAUCUUGGGAAGAGCUAGGUUACGAUAUUCGUGGGUUUGACUUGGAAGGAUCCCACGUUCCUCUAGACCCCCUCGAUAGUUACUCUCAGAGUAGAGAUGAAUGGCCAAGUUCAGAAGAUAUGGUCAACGAGCGUUCCCAACAUAGAUAUCAGGUGACACUUCCUGAUCUCCAUGCCUGGAGAGAUUAUGUGAACGAGUUGAACGAGGCUAAGCUUAGAGCGCUUGGUGUAUCGUUCGGCGACGACGAACCCGCACCUCCACCUUCUAUUUCUCCGGCCGCGUCGAAUAUGAGUCGGCAAACUUCGAACCAAUACCCUCAACUGCCGUUCUCUCCUCCCUUACCGACACACUCGGCCGCGAGUAAUGGGCAACAACCAUUCCCAUUCCCACCUCCUUUCCUGUCUGGUUCGUCUACGCAAAGCCCUGCCGCGCCUUCCGCUGCCUCGCCAGCAUCUUUCAAUGGUCCGCCUUUACCUGGAAAGUUCAACCCUCGCGCGUCGAUUUCGAUAUCGCCGAACGAGUUGCCUUUCCAUUUCUCGGGACAGUCUUCACCCCACGGCUGGAUGUCCCCGCAAAUGUUACUACAGCAGCAACUUGGUCGCAGUGGUUCGCCUUCUGUUCUUAACUUGAACUCGAUGGUUUCACCAAAUUCGCCGUUCCAGCGCGACGGUAUAUCACCACCGGUUGGUGUGCACCAAAGACAUCAGUCUUUGCAGUACCCAAUUCUUCCUCACCAAUUCUUGCAUAGACAAGAUUCAGCCAGGGCAUCUCCCCGAUUGCAAGACUUGCGGGAAGUUGAGGAAGAGACCCAGAGCAAUCCGUAUGAAAACGAAGAUAAGAGCCCAUCGAAAACUCCAGAGCCUGGUCAAUUCAUACGCCACAACGCUAGCGCAAGCCUUCAGAAAGAGAUCGAUGAUGCUGAGUACCAUUUGGAAGAGCAAUUCCGUUCUCAGCUAGAACAUGAAGAUUACAGCCCACACAACGAGUAUGAGAAGGCAGGGGAAGUCAAACCUUUUGAAGAACCUGAGACAAACUCUGCUUCGCACACUAGAGGACCUUCGGUGCAUUUUGGUAACUUUGGAACUGACUCGGAUGAAGGGCCAAAACUCCAUCACCCACAGCCCCACAGUCGCGGUCAUUCGCUAUCUCAAACUCCAUUUAUUGACGAAGAAGUGAGAGAUAGCACUGACGAAGGAAUUAUUCAGAAGCGCCGACCCGCCAACCUGAAUCUGCAAAAUGGCGACAAUUCGUAUGAGAUCGAGACGAACCCGAGCAAUUUGGGUACUCCCAUUCAGGCUUUCGACUUGGUCAACCAAUUUCAUCAGCGAUCAUUUUCCGCAGUCAGUAAUCCUUGGGCCGAUGCUCAACCGGUUUCUGAAAGCAAGGCUUCUUCGCGCCGCGCGAGUCAUAGCAGCAAGCCCUCGCUUUCUAAGCUAAAUGCUGGGGCUGCUGAGUUCAAGUUCAAUCCUACGAAUAGCUUUACUCCUAGUCAAUUUGUUUUUGGCAAUAACAACCCUCAGCCGAACAGCUUCAAGCCAAUUUCAUUCCAGGCUCCGUCGUUCACACCAAACCCUCAUUCUGCAACUUCGAGUCAUUUCAGUGUGCCUUCGACCUCGUCAUCUUCCAAACUCAAGAUCAAUGCCGCUGCCCCAGCAUUCUCUCCUCGAAAAGGCGAAUUCAGCUUCUCUGCAUCUGUACCUAAAUUUAACCCAGAUGCACCUACUUUCCAGCCAUUGAAGUCUUUUACUUCAUCAGUAACCAGUGCUGGCCAAUCCGGAAAUGAGAGCAUUGAAAACCGCCCUGGUAACAUUUUCAGUAAUAUUGACUUGAAGCUUUCCGAAGGUGUUAAGCCCACGAAGAAGUCGAAGGCUGUUCCCAUUGUGCGCCCAACAAGUCAACACUCUCCCGCACCUGCUCCAGCUACCACCGAAGAACAGGAUGCUAGUAGGACAAAGAAGAAAUUCAGGGAGAGCAGCGGCGAUGGUGAUGACGUUCCCUUAUUCGCCGAACCUACACCAGAGCCGGAAGUCGUGCCACAGGUGCAACCAACGGAGGAGUCGGCAAUCCCUGACAAGGAGGAUGCUCCAGAGGAAGAGAGUUUCCACGACCAGGCAAAGGUUGACGAGGACGAAAAUGCGCACUUGGGCGACACGACUUUCGCGUCUACGAUUCUUUCGGAAUCGACGGAUGGCAAGUUGCAGUCUGAGUCCAAUGAUACUAAGACGACUACGAGUCCGUCAGCUACUUCCCCUGACCAAGACAAGACCAACUGGAAACCCUUCGAAUUCAAUAGCGAAGUUGACAUCCAAGACUUCAACAAUGCUAGACCGUUUGGAGACGAUGAGCCUUCAUUCAAGAAGCAGCAUAAGAAAAGCCUUUCUGCUACUGCUAGGCCAUUCGUGCCCGGAGGUUUUACGUUCGGUGCUACUAAUACUGAGCCUGCUCUGUUUGACCCUGUUCUGAAGACCCAACCAGUACAGUUGGCCGAACCGGAGGACGACUUUGAGAGUGACCGUGCUGGUUCCCCGACUCCCGGACCGGACUUCAAACCCACCGCCGAGCUUGAGCCUCAGCCUGAGCCUGAACCGGAAUAUGAGCCAGAACCCGAACCCGAACCCGAGCCUGAGCCAAUCUUUAAGGCACCCUCUAGAGGAUUGGGCGCCUCACGAUUUGCGUCACCUCCGCCUGCUCCUAAGGGCUUAAAGGCGUCGAGGUACGCGUCUACACCGUCACCACCGCCAAAGUCCGCUGGUCUCUCCGCGUCACAAUACGCCGCUACACCUUCUCCAGUUUCCGAAGAUAAAUCUUCUCACCUCCCUGCAGAAAUUGUUGCCGAACAAGCUAGCGAAGUAUCAGAGCUACAUAGCUACGAACCCUUGCCUGUUAGCCCGCCAUCAGAUGCCGGUCCUCAAGCGAGGGAUGAAGCUACGCACGAGCUUACAUUCGAAGAGAUCGAUGCAGUUAUGCAACAUCUUAACGAAAAUGACCCCACAAUGGGAGUUAAGAGGACUAUGGAAUCUCCUAAGUGGCGUCAACCCAGCCCUGUUCAGAACGUUCCGGUUUCUGUUGUCGCCGACUCGCCUCCUGUGCACUUACCGCACCAGGUGCCAUUCCGAAGUGAUGGACCUAGCCCAAGCCCCCGACAAUACCUUACUUUGCCGAAGCAAGCAGCCCCAAGACCGUCAACCGAGCUGGAAGACCCCUUUGUCGAUCCUCCGCAGAGUGCCGUCUCUGCUUCAUUCGAUGGCCCAAUUCACCGACUCAAUGUUGGAGAGAGUCUUCCGGAAAGCGAAUGGGACGAUGCUUUUAGCGCCAGCGAACAGGAGAAACUCGAGCAGCGUGUCCAAUAUUUCGAUGGUCACGUUAAUGAUUUGGUCAGCAGCCUAUUGGCUUCUCGGCUUGACCCUCUCGAGAAGACUUUGGGUAACAUUCAUCACGCCUUAGGUAGUUUGGCUCGUAGGACGCCAUCGAGCCGACGCGAUAGGCGCAGUGUCUCCGCCGAGAUCCAAGAAAGCGACGCAGACGAUGAAGAUGAUGAAACGCCUAUCCGUCGCUCAAUGAGCCCUCGAAGAGAUAAGAAAAUGGAACAGAUCCGCAUUGCCGUUAUGGAUGCUCUUAACCAACAACAGACUAUGCGUGCGCUUCAGAAUGCUCAGCUCGAAUCCGUCGAGCAAGGUCCAAGUAAGGAGGAUCUGGCCGUUGUUAAGGCAUUGGAACAAAUGAAGGAGGAAUUGAGUUCAUCGCUCCGCCUAGACUUCCGUGUCGAACGCCGCAUGCCCCCUACACCUCAGCCGAUUAUCAAGGACAACGGUGAAGCGAAUGAGAAGCUUUCUGAGAUGCAAUCAAGAUUACUAGAGCUUGAACAGCGCCUGCGUUCUGAAGAAAGUAGAACCGAGAGCGAGCGCUCCAGAGAAGCCAGAGGCGAGAAUGAGACAACUAUUAGACGUGGUGCCGAAGACCGUGCCGCCGAGCUCCGCCGACAAUUGGAGCAAGCAGAGACCAAGGUUGAGGUCGAAAUCAUGAACCGCAGCCGACUCAGGAUCCAGGAAAGCAAGACUGAGGAAGAACUUUCGGGCCGUAGGGAUGCUGAAGAUAGACUCUCCGAAAUCCAACGGCUCCUUCGUAUCUCCUCCGAGGAAGAAGAUCGUCUACGCGCCGCUAUGGAGCAAUCGUCCGGCAAGACCUCGAUGCGCCUCGCUCUCCUUGAGAACGCCCACACGAAUGGCGAACAAACCCAGGCAGAGCUCAAGAACCGUCUCAACAUCGCGGAAGUUGAACUUCGUGAUGCUAGACAAGAGGCUCGACACUGGCCCCACCGACAGGCGGAUGACCUUGCUGAGGCCGUCAAUGAAGGCAAGCACUUGCACAAGCUAAUUGAUACUCUCGACAAUUGGCGUGCUAAGUUCGUGUCGCUUCAAGAUGACAUGGCUCAUGCUGCUCGCGAAAUCACAGAAGAGAACUCCCGACGCACCAAGAAAGAGCAAGCUCUCCUUGCGCGACAGGAAGUACUCGAUGCCAGACUGCAAGCUGAAGCGCGAACCCGUGAACGUCUCGAAGCCGAAAUUGAGAGGCUGGAGAAUGGUGAACGCGCGGGCUUAAGGGCUCUUCGCAACGAGAACCACACUCUUCAGCAAAAUGCUAGGGACUCUGCCGCUGCUGAGGUCCAGCGAACACAGACUUCAAUGCAAGCUGAACUAGAAGCUGCUAACAAUGAAGUCAACCUAAGGGCUCAGCUAGACCAGGACAAGAUGGAUGCCGACACUGCCAAGGCCCAUCAUGAGAUGAUGCUUGAGGAAGCCCAAACUACGAAGCAGACAGAACUUGAGGAAGCUGAGAACAAGAGGUGCAUCGAACUCAAUGAAUUAACCCGCAAGCACCAGAACGAAAUGGAGGAUAUCCAGGCUCGCUACGAACGACAAUUGAGCAACGCCGUCGAGGAUGCACAACGCACGGAGCAGAACCUUCUGGAGCGUCUUAGCUUGUCAACCUCAAAGACCGAGCACCUGCAAGAUCGUGUUGCUCACCUGGAAGAUAAGCUGCAGAUUGCGCAAGAAGCCGCCAAGGCCGCAGCGCAGGCCGCAGCGCAAGCUUCCAAGUCCAUUGUCGUACCCGGAGUAUCCCACCAUCAGCCCACUCCUGCAACUCAAACCAAGCAGCUUGCAGAGGCUAUGCAACUUCCCGAGAAGGUUUCUCCUCAAGCGCUUCGCGAAUCUAUCAUGGUCUUGCAAGAGCAAUUACAAGCUCGUGAGCAGACAAUCGAAGAGCUCGAACAAACUAUUUCUAAGCUUGAUCCUGACUCCGCUACCAAGAUCUCCAAGCGAGAUGACGAGAUCACAUGGCUGCGUGAAUUGUUGGCUGUGCGACAUGGUGAUCUCCAAGAUAUCAUCAGUGCGUUAUCCGCUGAGCACAUGGACCGAGAAGCCGUUAAGGAUGCGGCUAUUCGCCUAAAGGCCAACCUUCAAAUGGAGGAACAAGAGCGAGAGCGCGCUAUGAAUGGUGGCUCGGCCAUUAACUUGCCAAACAUCGCCGCCACAAUCCGUGGAGCUGCGACUCCUCGAGUCGCACAAGCGGUCGGACCUCUCGCCGCCGCUUGGGGAAACUGGCGAAAAUCGAACCAACCGGCACUAAAUAGCCUUUCUAGCGUUCUAUCGUCGUCCCCUGCACCAGCCAGGAACUUGACCCCCUCGAAGACAAGCGGUCCGUCCCAAGGUGGUUAUCUUUCCGGCCUUAUGACUCCGCCGGCUUCUGGUGUUAGAAACACACCGCCGGUGCCGCAAAGCCAACCGCAGCCCACAGCAUUCGGCAAUACCGGCCGCCGUUUUACCGCCGAGGAAUUCGCUAACAGAUCCCGAGGGCCUUCGAUGACUGCCCGGCAAACGGAAAAGAUGCCUAGGACGAGCACACCGCCUCAACAGCAAGAUCGUCGUCAACCCGUUACUCCUCCCAUGAUGCGAACCAAUGCAUACGACUCGGACGCGCGUGUUGAGGAUUUUGACGAUGCCUCUUUCUUCGAUGAUUGA